CGGCUUCUCUACAUGGAACAUUGUCGCCACUAUCGUCAUUGCGCUCAAUGGAAGAUUUUUUCCCCUUUUGGAUCUGAAUGGGCGGCCGUGGUGUACCCGCAAGCCAGCCCUGGAUCAGCUGCAAUACUUUGAUCCAACAAUAAGUGUGCCUCCUAGCCAACCUCAACAUGAUUUUGUUGAAUAUUUGCACAGUCCUCACGCUGUUCCUCCCCCAGCGCACACAUCAGUCCUGUACAGUGGGUUCCCCCAAGGAGUGUCUCCAGGCGGAUUUGGCUCCAGGCACCAAUCUGGCUGGGGAAGGCUUCGAUAUCACCGAGAUGAAGCGCAAGGGAGCCUUUGUUCUGGACAUGAAUCAGUGGAAACACAAGGACAAAACAUGCACCCUAUGCAGCAACCCUUUCCUGGCGAAUGUGAAGCAGAAGCUUCCCUUGUCUGUGUUGGACUGGCGGUCCAAGCAGUCCUGCAGCUCGAAUUUGGCAAGUACCCUUCACCGGUCUAGUGAGUCUCUCGUCAACUCUCUAACGUCUACUGUCGAAAACAACUGGAAGUCCAGUCUGGACUUGAAUGUUAAGGCCAUUCAUGCAAAAUUCAUGCUGGCUGGCACCCACUCAAAAAUUGCCGGGUACUCAAUGCAGAAAACAAAGAGAGAUAAGUUUAGCUUCACCAGCCAAAAAAUAGCCUGCGAGUACUACAGCUACCGAGUGUCCAGCAAGACUCCACUGCAGAGAGAUUUUAAAAAUGCAUUGAAAGAUCUCCCAAAGAUCUAUAGCCCUCAGUUCAAGCAAAGAUUUUACAAACUAAUUGAAAACUUUGGCACUCAUUACAUCACAAAGGUGAAAUUGGGAGGGUCCGUCCAGGCCGUGACCAGCAUUAAGCAGUGCCAGGCCAGCCUGGAGGGCCUCAGCACAGACGAGGUGAGCAUGUGCCUGGAGGCCGAGGCAUCUGUCACCAUCAAAGCAACUUUAGAAACUCAAACCAGUCAUUGCAAGAAGAAAAUCGACAAGACGGAGAGCAAGUCGGCGUUCUCUAGCCUCUUCAAUGAUAGAUCCACAGAUAUACAGGGAGGUCACACCACUGAAGUGGACCUUCUGUUCUCUGCCGACAAAGACCCAUCUGCCUUCAAGGAAUGGCUCAGCACAUUGCCUCAAUACCCAGACAUCAUCUCAUAUUCCUUGGAGCCUCUGCACGAGCUGCUGCCGACUGACACUUCAGUUCGAAAGAACCUGCGCCUGGCUGUAAGUCACUACAUCCUUGAGCGGGCUCUGAUGAGGAACUGCAGUGGGCGCUGUCUGACCGGCAUCAACAGUGAGUCCCAGGACCCCUGCGUCUGCCAGUGCCACAACGAACGUGCUGUAAACCUGGAUUGCUGCCCCACCCGUAGGGGAAUGGCCCGGAUCAUCAUCACUGUCCAACGGGCCUCGGGUCUUUGGGGUGACUCCACUACAGCCACAGACAGCUACGUAAAGGUGAUUUUCAACAAGCGAGAGCAGCGGUCUCCCGUCAUUUACAACAAUAACAACCCCCAGUGGGCCACAGUCAUGGACUUGGGGACCGAGGACCUGUCAGCGGCCCCUAAAGUCAGAUUUGAGGUGUGGGAUCAGGACAGCGGCUGGGACGACGAUCUUCUAGGGAAAUGUGAGCGAGUACUAACGGCGGGCAUGAAGACGGAGGUGUGCGCCAUGCACCACGGAAAGUUUUUCUACAAAUGGGAAGUGGAAUGUGCACCCAGUCUGGGUGGCAGUUUAUGCACAGACUACAAGCCUUCCCCCAUCAGUCAGAGUUUGAUGGGCUUGUACGUGUCCCGCCAUGCUCAUCCUGUUCCACAAGCCACUCUGCUGAGGAUGGGAGUCUUUGCCAACAGUACUAGUGACACAAAAAGUCAAACCAGUCCUACUGAUGUCCUUUGAAUAAUCAAAUUUGAGAAACCAGUCACCAAGACAGACCAUCAUGUAUCCCGAGAUGGCUUGAGAGUGGUGGUGUCAUUGGGUAAUUUACUGCUUUUUGCUUUUCAUUCAGUAUUUGGCCAUUUUUCAAUGAUACUUGCUUGUUUAGAAUGUUUUUUUUUUCUUUUUUAAAGAACAACUCUUUGUAAUAGAUGUUAAACCUUGGUUUACUGCAUCAUGAGACAGGAAAUGGUGACAUUUCCUGUGAACAAAUGUGGCGUCAAAGAGGGGUGUGUGAAGAUGCGGUGCGAAAUGCUUUUAGUCUCUAGAGCUGUUAUUAAAUUCAUA